AGUGACACGGUGAACUUCCUGGUUUCUUGUCAACAGAGUGACGUGGACCCGAGGAGCGGACUCUCCCGACAUUGUUUCUUUCUCCUUCGUGAGGAACAUGACUUUCAUCGGACUUCUCCCCCCGGUUCUGGUUCCGGUCUGCUGGCUGUUCGCGUCGGCGGUGGUGGGGGGCUCCGGGACCGGACCCGGCACCGCGGUGGUGGGGGGCUCCGGGACCGGACCCGCGUUGAAGAACUCCAGCUCCGGGGCGCUGAACGCCACGCGCACGCGGGUGUUCGACGGGCUCCUGCGCGUGGACAGCUCCAUGGUCCAGCGGGCCCUGUACGUCCUCAUCGGCAUCACCGUCAUCGGGGUCCUGUACUUCCUGGUCCGGGCCGUGCGGCUGAAGCGGCCGGCCCACAAGAAGAAGUACGGCCUGCUGUCCAACUACGAGGACUCGGUGGAGAUGGAGGCCGUGGAGAGCGACGAGGACGACACGCUGUAUGAAGCUCGCAGCCUCCGCAGAUGAGGCGUUGUGUCUGAUCAGACUGGUGUUUACUGAUCAGAGGAUAUUAAUUAUGGACUGACGAUGGCGCCGGAGGACAAAGACGUGGACCAAACUGUUAUAUUUAAUGCCAAAGCUGCUUGAGGACCCCGAGCAGGAUAAUCAUUCUUUUUUUAAGGUGGUAUUGGAGAUAGAAAGGAGUUCGUGCAGAAGCGGGUGUGACGGUUCUGUGGAUAAUUCUGAUAAUUGCUGUCUGCUUAUUAUUAUUAUUAUUAUUAUUAUUAUUAUUAAUAAUUUUCUUUUCCAUGUCUUUCAUUGGGAGCUUUUUCUGCUCUAACUGUGUGCUUUAACUUCUGCAAACUGACUCCAGACCAGCUGCACAGAGACUCUGAGAUUCUGGUUCCUUCACAUGGAGAUCAAUUAGCUUCCUCAUGAUGAUGUCAUCAUGAUGAAGUCAUCCAGUAAUAAAGCCAACCAGCAUCAGACAUCAGGCACACCCGGCUUCUGGGGAAACACGCCAGCUCUCCGCUUCAUUGUCUCUCCUUUUGCACGUUUCAGUCUCAUUUCUACAUGAUGGAGGAGGAGGAGGAGACAUCAGAGUCACACAAACAGACAGCAGCCGUGUUGAAUCACUGCUGACCAACUUCCUGUUGACUGACUUGGAUUUGUGUUUCUGAUAAUCAAUAAAAUCAUAAUUGGAACAA